UUCCCUCUCGACUUUCUCUAGAUCUUCGUCGUCGUCGUCUUACGCGAUGACAAGCACACACAAUUUUCAUACAUCAACCACGCCUGACAAGCGACACGUUUUACUUUUGAAUGUUGACGACAUAGACGCUGUCCAACCUGAUGUCAAGGAGCAACCUACUCACCCUGCCCACCCUGCCCACUCACACAAACGCUUGCGUUUUGCUGAAUUCAGUGUCCUCCUCUCGCUUAUUAUCACUACUACCAUAUUUGAAUUCUGGCCCCGUACUCGACACGACACGAGUACUGGAAGGGAUUCAUUGUACUCAAAUGGAACACACGAGUUCAAGAAGACUGUGCUUAUGGUUUCGAUCGAUGGUCUUCGUGCGGAUUAUUUAGAUCGUGGACUCACGCCGCAUUUGUUAGAUAUCAGCCGGGAAGGUGUGAGGGCAAAAAAUCACUGGUCACUGAUGACUGGCCUCUACGCCGAGUCACACGGCAUCAUUGCGAACAACUUUUGGGAUCCCGUUUUCCGAGACACAUUCCAUUUCGAUCGUGUUGAAUCCGCGCAGAACCCGAGCUGGUGGCUCGGCGAACCUAUGUGGGAAACCGCAGAACGUGCAGGUAUCAUCACCGCAAACCUCAUGUGGUCAGAAUGUAGUGUGAUUAACACAGGAGCGCAGGAUAACUACGCUCUCGAGAAGAAACUUUCCAAUCUCCUAGAAUGGAUUGACCUCCCGCUGGAAGAGCGGCCGCAGCUUAUUCUUGGGUACGAACCGUCGCUAGACCAUGCUGGACAUACAACAGGGCCGAUGUCUAAGGCCGUUAAUAUGAGUCUUGCAGCUAUCGAUCUUUUCGCUCGGAACCUAACCCAAGCACUAGGCGAGCGCAACCUCACGCAUAUCGUUGAUAUCAUCUUCGUCAGUGACCAUGGGAUGGCGGACAUGAGCCACCCAACUUGGAUAUAUGUUGACGAGAUUGUUGGUGAGCUAUGGAAAGGUGUUACCAAGAUGGAUGGUUGGCCAUCUAUGGGCUUACGCUUCGCUCCUGGCACGAACGUGACUGAUGCCCUUGAGCGUCUGUGCGAGUACACACUUAUCCACCCGGAUCAGUUCGAUGUGUUUACCACCGAGAGCUUCCCUACCGACUCUGGCACCUCCUUGGUAGACCUCAACGCAUUCAACUACGGUAAGAUGUCUGGAUGCACAGUGGAGCCUGUGCCCGAACGAUACCAUUUCUCUCAUAAUUACCGCAUCGCCCCUAUGUGGAUUGUACCACGCAUAGGCUACGCACUGACUGACCGCAUGGGUGGCGAAGGCGGAGUGCCAACUGGAAACCACGGCUACGACAACGAGGACCCGUUGAUGCGUGCCAUAUUUGUCGCACACGGGCCUUUCUCGCGGGGCGCCAAGGCUUCUGUGGUCGCACGAGGAGAGGGCAAUGGCACAGAAGAGUACGUGAUGCCAGAGUUCCAGAAUGUCGAGAUUUACAACCUCGUGAUGCGACUGCUGAGCCUCGACGCUACGGAUAUAGCUACAACCAACGGAACCGCUGGAUUCUGGGAUAUGUUUGUCUUGCCAGACGUUUGAACUUCGUACAUAUUUGAAGUGGAACUGCGUCAGAUGCUUCGAGAGUUAUCAUUACCCAUCACCUUCCUGGACGUGCUACAUACAUAUACAUCAUCUUACUACGCGCCAUAUGUAUCUGACACACGUCCUCAAUGUCGGACAACUAAAUUUCGUUAUUCUCACUGCUA